UCUUCAAUCUUUCCCUAUUCCAACAUCCAACGAAUAAUCGCAGGGAGCAACGCAAACCCCAGCUUGUCAGAAUUUUUGUUGUGUCAACGCGGUUUUUUUUUUUUUUUGGUUCUUCUUUUUCUUCGUGUGUUCGUCUUCCUCCUUUCCUCUUUCCCCGCAUAAAAGGAUAUAAAAGAAGCUCCAAGACCUAACCUUGGGGAUUAUUUUCAGAAUUGGCCUUUAGAGUCUCCAGAAUGUACCCGCCAGGCAUGCAGUACCAUUACCCGCCGCCGAUGCUGGUCAACUGUUCCAAGUGCCGGACCCCUUUACAGCUCCCGCCGGGUGCCGGAUCCAUCCGUUGCGCCAUCUGUCAAGCCGUUACAAACAUCGCAGACCCUCGCUCCGUUCCUCCUCCUUCGUCUCAAUCGCCGGCUCCUUCCACGCAUGCCCCUCCUCCGGCUUCUUCUCCGUCCCCUUAACACGCACCGCCAGGACCACCUCCACGCGCAUACGGGCGGAAAAGGGCGGUGAUUUGUGGGAUUUCGUAUAGAUACUCGAGGCACGAGCUCAAAGGUUGCAUUAAUGACGCCAAGUGCAUGCGUUACCUCCUCAUCAACAAGUUUAAGUUUCCCGAAGAUUCCAUUAUCAUGCUCACUGAAGAGGAAACUGAUCCAUACAGGCUUCCAACGAAGCAGAAUCUGAGGAUGGCAUUAUAUUGGUUAGUACAAGGUUGUCAACCUGGUGAUUCUCUGUUGUUUCACUACUCGGGUCAUGGUUCGCGGCAGAGGAAUUACAAUGGUGAUGAAGUUGAUGGGUAUGAUGAGACUCUAUGUCCUUUGGAUUUUGAAACACAAGGGAUGAUUGUCGAUGAUGAGAUCAAUGCAACUAUUGUUAGACCUCUGCCUUAUGGGGUUAAGCUUCAUGCAAUGAUUGAUGCUUGCCAUAGUGGAACGGUAUUGGAUUUACCAUUCCUUUGUAGAAUGAACAGGUCUGGACAGUAUACAUGGGAGGACCAUCGUCCAGCAUCAGGUUUAUGGAAGGGAACAAGUGGUGGAGAAGUAAUUUCCUUUAGUGGUUGUGAUGAUCAUCAAACCUCUGCUGAUACAUCUGCUCUAUCAAAGAUUACAUCCACUGGUGCCAUGACAUUCUGCUUCAUCCAAGCCAUUGAGCGUGGGCAUGGGGCUACAUAUGGGAGCAUUCUCACUGCAAUGCGCAAUGCAAUUCGAAGUGUGGGGGGUGGUGACAUUGGUGGUGGUGGUGCUGUUACGUCCCUCAUCACCAUGCUUUUGACAGGAGGUAGUGUUGGUAUCGGUGGUGGGCUGAGACAGGAGCCCCAGUUAACAGCCUGCGAGCCAUUUGAUGUAUAUGCAAAACCUUUCUCCCUUUGAUUCUUUCCUUUUAUAUAAUUUUUGAUUCAUGCUGUUUGUAGAUUGACUUUAUUUAUAUAUGUAGACAAGGGGAUGAAUUUCACUAUUGAUACAUGUUUCUUUAUUUAGUACAAUUUUGGUA